AUGAAGACGGUCUUCAUAGCCAUACUCUCCGCGAUGCUGGUUACAGUCAGCUGUAAACGCAAAGUUCUACUAGAGUGUGGUAUUCCGAAGAUCUGGGCCCAGGAGCUGAUCACCAAUGCACAGGACACCGCUCCGGGGGACUGGCCAUGGCAUGCAGCGAUCUUUCGCCGCAAAGGUCAUUCAACGGAUUACGUGUGCGGUGGAACCGUAAUCAGCGAAGAAUUCAUCGUGACGGCGGCUCACUGCGUCAUGAAUGCGGCGAACGGUUUCCAGCUGGCCCCCAAUCGUAUAUUUGUUCGGUUGGGAAUUCACGAUCUGCAUGUGAUAAAUCCAGAAUUCAUACAGCAGCAUGAAGUCGGGAAAAUUUUUAAGUUUGCGAACUUUACUCGAUUUGUUGAUGACAUUGCAUUGCUUAAGCUUAGCACAAUCAUUCGUUUUACCGACUACGUCCAACCGGCUUGUGUGAAUUUGGAACCAAAUAUUACCGGAGAAUAUGGUACCGUUGUCGGCUGGGGCUUAACAGAAAAUGACGAAACAUCGCCAAUUUUGAAAAAAGCGGACAUUCCGGUGAUCGAUCCCGUUGCGUGCUUGAAAACCGAUCGAGUGCUGUUCGGUCGAACUCUGGACGAUGGUUUGUUCUGUGCUGGAUAUACAAACGGAACCGGCGUCUGUAAUGGUGACAGUGGAGGAGGGUUGUUUUUCCGAAGAGCCAAUUCUUGGUUCCUGGGCGGAAUUGUGUCCUUUUCACAGAUUCGAUCAGACGGAUACAAGAAUUGUUAUAUGAAAGGUUAUGGAGCGUUCACGAAGGUGCACCAUUAUGUCCCGUGGAUCAGUGAAAUCAUGGGAAUGAGCUUUCAGCGAAAUAACGCCGUACAAGUUUGUAAAGCAGUUGAACCUAAUCAAACGAGUUUAUCUUCGAAGUUACUCCCUCGGCAUUGUGGCGUUUACAUUCCAAACCGUAUCAUUGGUGGAGUACAAGCCAAAGUAUUUGAAUUUCCUUGGAUGGCACUUUUAUUGGAAAACGACAAACCCUACAUGUGCCAAGGAACGUUAAUCAGCAAGCGUUAUAUCCUGACGGCUGCCCAUUGCUUUGGUUAUUCACUACCCGACAAAGUGCAUCUGGGUGAGCACACAAUCGAUCAGGAUGUUGAUUGCAAUGAUCGGGAUGAGGAUUGUGCGCCACCAGUCCGAGAAUACGACAUUGAAUGCAUCACCACACACCCAGAGUUUUCCUGGACGACAUUCGCUGAUGACGUUGCUCUGGUACGCUUGAGCGAAGAAGUUCGAUGUGAAGAUCACAUUCAGCCGAUUUGCUUACCGCACACAUCGGGCCUCAGAAACUACCAGCCACCUCGGUACAUUGUCACCGGAUGGGGUGAUGACACCGAUAGACUGUACCGAAAAAUCUCGAAUAUUCUAUUUAAAGUAACCAAUCUAUUAGCCCCCCAUGCCGAAUGUUACCAGUAUAGACCCAACAAUAUUACUGAAAAACAAUUGUGUGUCGGACCAAUGGGUUUUGGUGGCCCUUGCAUCGGUGAAGGUGGUGCCCCAUUGGGCUAUGGAGCCAAACUCUACGGAAUGCGAUUUGUACAGUUCGGUAUCGAUUCGAUAGGGGAGUUGUGUGGUUCGGGACCAAAGUUUUACUCUAAUGUGUCUUAUUAUAUGGAUUGGAUCAUAGCCAACAUGAAACCGUGA